AUGUUCUCCCGCUCUGCAGUCGCAAGGGCCCUCGCCCUCCCCCUCGAGCAAGCCGCCCGCCCAUCCUUCACAAGCACCACCUUCCGAGCGUGCCUGCACCAGACAACCGCAACAACCACACCAACCCCCGAAGAACCCCUCAGCGCCUCGCCGCGAGCUCAAUCCUCCACACCCAUCCCGCAACCAACCCCCCUCCCAACCAAAACCCCAACAACCCGCGCCGACGUGCCCGCAUCCAAACAACCCAUCGCCCCAACCUUCAGCGCACCCCUAACGGUGCCAAAGUCCCUCCUCGAGACGCUCCCCCUCCUCUCUCACCAAAAACCGCACUACAUCACCGCCCAUCUGCACGACAGACCCUACCUGGUAACAGAAGGCGACCACCUGCGCCUCCCCUUCCUGAUGCCAGGCGUGCAGCCGGGCGACGUGCUCCGCUUCAACCGCGCGUCCGUGCUGGGUUCGCGCGACUUCACGCUCAAGGGGGCGCCGUACGUCGAUGAGCGGCUCUUCGAGUGCCGUGUUCGGGUCAUGGGUGUUGAUUCGGAGCCGCUGCGUGUGAAGGAGAAGACGAAGAGGCGGAGGAGGCAUGUGCAGCGCAUUACGAGUAAGCAUCGGUAUACGCUGCUGCGGGUUAUGGAGGUGAAGAUUAAGUCUGUGGAGGAGUUGCAGAAAGAGGGGGAGAUUGUUGUUGGGGAGGACAAGGCGUAA